ACAGAGCUACCUUUUAUUUCUGUUGAGUGUCGCGGUAAAUCAACUUGACGCAUCUCCGGUCCUUCCUGGAAUCAAUGUCAAUAAUUAUUUGGCGAGUUUUGGUUACCUACAUCCGAAAUACAAGAACUCCUCUAAUUCGGCCAUUGCAGGGGAAACUAAACGAGAGGCCGUCAGAGAUUUCCAAUCCUUUUUCGGCUUGAAUAUAACAGGUGAAGAAGACGAGGAAACAUUGAGAUGGAUGAGGAAGCCUCGUUGCGGUGUUCCGGAUCGAAUUAUAACGGAUGAUUCUUCCAGUCAACAGGAGCGCACAAUUAAUAGUAACGGAGAAAACCGCUGGACGAAAAAUGAAUUAACUUACGGUAUUCGUAAAUACACGCCGGAUUUGGACAAAUCCGUCGUGGAUGAAGAAAUCGCCAGAGCAUUUCGGCUGUAUGGGAAAAAGUUUACCUUCACUUUUAUUGAGACGAUAAAAGUUGACAUUGAAAUCCGUUUUGAGAAGGGCUCUCAUUCAGAAGAUAAAAAUCACCAAAAGUUUGCAAAGUUUGAUGAUGGCCUGGGUGGUGUUUUGGCUCACGCUGCCUUUCCCGAACGUGGUGAUACAAUCUUCGAUAAGCGGAAACAUGGACCAUCAGCAGUGAGGGUAAACAAUUUUGUACGAAUUUGUUCCAGGUGGCUGCUCAGUGCUCACGAAUUGGGUCACGUCCUUAACUGCCGCAUUCCGAUACCAAAACGGAUGUAAUGACUCCAAGUUACGAUUUCCGCCCUGUAUUUCAAAUUGGAAACUGGUGACAUCAGUAGAAUCCAGGUUUUAACAAUUCCGAGGCUGAUUAUUGUCACCACCAGGUUACUGUUUACUUCACAAAUGGGCAACUCAGUUCUCACGAAUGUUCGUCUGCAAUGCAAAAUCAGAACAUGGUGUGUCGUUAAGUUAAGUCUCGUGUCUCGUUGAGUUAGGAAAUAUAGUUGAGCCAUAAACUGUGAGUCUUUCAAUUCAGUUCACAGUGCUGUGUCAAAGUUCAAAUCAUUUAAUUGUUUGUUUAUAGUGAGAUGGAGAUUUUGGAGAGAUUGACGUCGACGUAACCAGAGGAAGUUAUCAGCUGGCAACUAGUCGUGGGACUUGACAAGAUGAAAAAAAUUCAUCACCUGAUCCAACACCACCGACAUCGAAGGGAAAUGCCAAACGAAAUCCAUCAAAGUUGAGGCAACAGUUCAGCGUCGACUGGUGGGUCACUACUCACUAGACUGAAUUUAUCAUUGGCGCUCCUGCUCUCUUCAACAAAACUCCGCAAAACUCGUCCCGAUUCGAUUCCCGUUCAAAUAAGAAGAACGGAAAUUAGAAAAUC